UCGGCGCCGCGGGAGCUCGGCGGGAGCAGAGGAAAUCCGGGGGAACGGAAAGUUGGGGGCUCGGAGAGAUUUGGGGUCACAGGGUCGCUGCCAUGGCCCAGCAGGAAACGUACGGGAACUGGCUCGGCCCCAAGCGCCUGCAGCGGCAGCCGGGAAUUUACUCCGUGGCCGGGAAGAUGUCCCCAGUGGGCGACUUCAGACCAGCCUCUCCCGACAGCUUCGAGGACGAUUACGACGACGUUUCCAUGGCGGGAUCCGAGCGGGGCCCUCCGGCCAAAGGCGUUUACCUCCUGGCGGGGCCUCCCCAGGAGGAUCCGGCCCCGAAGGAUCCCGAGGGCUGCGAGCCCAAAUUGGGGAAUUCCGAGCCCAAAUUGGGGAAUUCCGAGCGGAAAUUUGGGAAUUCCAAGCGGAAAUUUGGGAAUUCCGGCCUGGUGGCCACCCUGGCUCUCCUGGUGGCCACCCUGGGCCUGGCCUGGGGGGGGCUCCUGGCCGUGGCCAUCGGCAAGCACCAGGAGCUGCAGGCGGAGCUGGAGCUGCUGAAGUCGAAUUUUUCGGCCAUUUGGGAUUCCCUGCAGCAGGAGCAGACCCGGCUGCACUUCGGGAUCCAGCAGCACCAACUGGAGCAGCAGGAGCUGGCAGAUUUGCUGUGCCAGGCGCUGGGCGGCUCCCGGCGCUGCGGGCCGGGCUGGCGGCCCCACGGCAGCAGCUGCUAUUCCUUCUCGCGGGAUUUGCUGUGCCAGGCGCUGGGUGGCUCCCGGCGCUGCGGGCCGGGCUGGCGGCCCCACGGCAGCAGCUGCUAUUCCUUCUCGCGGGAUUUGCUGUGCCAGGCGCUGGGCGGCUCCCGGCGCUGCGGGCCGGGCUGGCGGCCCCACGGCAGCAGCUGCUAUUCCUUCUCGCGGGACGCGCUGAGCUGGGGCCGCGCCCGCAGCGCCUGCGAGGACCUGGGAGCGCACCUGGCCGUGGUCAGCGACGAGGCCGAGCAGCUUUUCCUGGUGGAGAGCAGCAACAGCAGCAGCUCCUACUGGCUGGGGGUGACGGACGCGGAGCAGGAGGGGAAAUGGCGCUGGGUCACGGGCGAGGAGCCCCAGUUUGGGUUUUGGGACGUGUGGCAGCGGGAUCCGCAGCAGGAGCUGAAGGAUUGCGGCGCGCUGGGGCCCAAGGGGCGCUGGGUGAGCGCGCGCUGCUCGGAGCCGCUGCGCUGGGUCUGCGAGAGGCCAGGACACUGCUGAUAUUCCCUUUUUUAAAAGAGUUUGCUGUAAAAAAA